GACGAAGAAUAGCGUAGUAUAUCCGAACUACACAGUAUAAACUGAGUUUUCGAGAAUGAAUUUAGCAUUAAUUAUAAUUAUUUGUAUUGAAAUAAUACUGAUAGAUACGGUUUAUAGUUUAGAAUCGUGCACAAAUUGUGCGAAACGGAAAUAUCAGUUGGAAAAUUCUCUUUCCCAACAAGAAUUGAGAAGACUACGAAUUGAUUUAGUUAAGAGACAUAUUCUAAGUGAAUUAGGAUUAAAAAAUCCACCUAAAGUAAAUUUACCGGCAGUUCCUAACAUUGUUAAUGAUAUUAUACAAGUAAAUCAGCAGAAAAAAACGAAACUAUUUCGCAGAGCCAGUCAGAAUGACCAAGAACUGAAGAGAAAUACUGUAUAUUUUCCUAUAAAAAUCAUACAUUCUACCAGUUCUGGAAAUUUAAGUCCGUCAGUUCAACUGUACUUUAAUAUUAACGAAACGAAAUUUUCAAGAAUAUCGGUAAUCUCUGCUCAUUUGUGGAUGUAUCUCGACCCUCAGGAACCUAUCAAUCUGAAAUAUAUUAUAUAUAAAAUACAACCUUUAACAAACGGAGAAAGCUAUCCUCAAACUGUGUUAGUAGAUUAUGUCAGCUUAGUUUACGCAGGAUGGUACGAAAAUAAUAUUACUCGUGUAUUUUCCGACUGGUCGAAUCGUCAGUAUAUUCUCGAAAUCAGUUGUGAGUUUUGCAACUAUAUACCUAUUAAAACUGAAGAAGAUAAACGUACUUUUAUCAGUAUGGACACUAGAGUAAAGAAACGUGUAAAAAGGCAGAAACGGGAUACUUCAUAUUGUACUGAAAGUUCGACAUAUUGCUGCCGUGAAAAAUUUAUAAUUUCUUUUGCCGAGAUUGGUUGGGACGAUUGGGUAUUGCAACCGGAGUUUUACGAAGCUAAUUAUUGCAGAGGUUUGUGUACUGAUACUCGCGACGUCCCAAGUUACUUCAUUACCGAUGAAACGAAUGCAUACAUAAAAAACAUGAAAGUAUAUCAUAUAGUAAGCAAUAUGACUAUGUGUUGUGCUCCUGCUCAAUUAUCCUCGCAAAGCUUGCUAAUCUUACACGAAAACAAUACAGUUGCAGUCAAUGAUAUACCCAACAUGACUGUAGAUACUUGUGACUGUAAAAAUCAUUAUUCAAACAUGAACGAGAUGUUAACGAAAUUUCUGCUAAUAUUUUUUAUCGGUUAUAUCACACUUGAUAUCACCAAUUUAAUAGAAUCAUGCGAAAAAUGUUCCAAACAAAAACAACUGAUUGAAACUAAGUUUUCUGAAGAAGAAUUGAGAAAUAUAAGAAUCCAACUAAUUAAACAGCAAAUUCUGAAAAUGUUAAAAAUGUCAGGUCCUCCAAAAGUAAAUAAAUCAUUAAUACCUAAAAUUAUAAUCGAAGAUUUAAUACUAUCGAAUCCUGAUAUAUCAAAUAACGAUAGAAGUACGGAUGAUCAAUAUGAAAACAUUCAGAAUAUUGUAAUCCUUCCUGAAAAUAUUUCAAUCCAUCAUUGUCAGCAAAAAAUACCUCUUUCAGCUUGUUUCAGUUUCAAUUUUGAGAGAGCCAAAAUUUCAAAAGAAUCUAUUAUUUCUGCAUAUUUGUGGACAUUUCGAAAUAAACAAGAGCCUAAUAAUAUUACAUACAAUAUAUACAAUACUGAUAUUGAUUUUUCAGAAAAGAAGAAUAAGAAAGUGAUGAAAUAUUAUGUGAAAGAGAUAAAACCAGGAUGGUACAAAAGCGAUAUCACAGAUAUUUUACUAUACUGUUCGAAUUAUCGUCAAAUUUUCAAAAUCGAUUGUGAUAAAUGCAACAAUAUACCAAUAUCAAUUGAUCACGAUAAACGACCUUUUCUCGUCAUCAAUAUCGAAGAAAAGAGUACAAAAAGAGUGAAACGAAACAUAGAUUGCGUUAGUGAUUCGAUAACUUGCUGUAGAGAAAAAUUAUAUGUAUCUUUUCGCGAGAUAAACUGGGAUAAUUGGAUAAUGCAUCCAUCUGGUUACAUGGCAAAUUACUGUAGAGGUAACUGUUUGAUGGAUGCCGGUCUCAUGAGAUAUCAUCAUACAACGGUUAAAAGAGAUUAUUUAUUAAAAAUGAAACAGAGAAAAAUAAAUACUAAUCUUUCUAUGUGUUGUUCGCCUUCAAAAUUAUCUUCUAUAUCGAUGGUAUAUUUAAAUGAAAAUGGUUUAAUAAUACACGAAAAUAUGCCUAAUAUGAUUGUAGAUACAUGCGAUUGUAUAUAAAGAUUACAGCAAAUUCAAUUUUAAUCUGUAAACAUAUCGUAUUUAACAAUAA